GUUGCUUGGCAACAAGACCCGGGCCAUGAAUUGGCGUGUCGCCUGAGCGGCGUGCUGCGCCUUUGGAUGGCGGUGCUGGCUUCUUCAGUUCCACCAGCUCCGCCACCGCGAGGCGGGCGCCGCUAUCAGCGUGCGUCCACAGACAAGAAGGUGCCAUUGCCAGGAGAGCGCAGUGCUACCCCAGGGGUGCCUUCUCGUCCCGGUUCUGGUGCUGGGCCGCGAAGGUCCCGAGUGAGGAAAGCAACAGAUGCAAGCGACGAGGAGCUGGAGUAUGAAGUGGCCUUCGUGCGAUGCCUGACCGAGGGUGCAAAGCAGGACGCGUUAAAGGCAGUGUCCCAGCGGAACUCCCUUCGGCUGCCUGGCAUGAGGCCCAGCUCCCGGCAGUCCGUGGAUCCGCCCAGCCGGGCCGCGACCCCCGACUCCCGGCCCGCGCGGCCACCCUCAGUGCCCUCGCGCCCGCAGAGCCGCUGCUCGAGCCGCGGCUCGCGCCGCAGCACGGAGAGGACCUUCUCGAUGCAGUCGGUGAAUUCGAUUGUUGAUGACGAGCAGAUCCCCAAACUCGCUCACCAGAUCACCUUUGCGAAUUGCUCCAUCGACGACGUUGAUGAGCUGAUCCUAGCUGAAGAACCAGGCACCAAUUGGUUCAAGUCCUUCUGGCACAUCGUGCUGGUGCAGCAACCUCUUUGUCGAGCUCUUUCCUCAAGAUCUCUGGUCAAUUGGGUGGCGAUCUACAAUCGCUGGCAGGCAACCACUGAUUGGAAAGGAUCGCCGCCUGCGUUUAUGAAUUCCUACGAGCUGCAGGAGUGGGUCGCGGCGCCGCUGACGCGGGUGAUGGAGCUGGUGAAGCUCUUUGACCCCCCAGGCUACGCCAAGUUCGAUAUGACGAAAUCGGCCGCGGAGCAUCUGAAGAUGCGCGUGCCCGUUGUGCCCCUGAUGGCUGCCUGUAUGCUGAUGUCGGUGACGGUAUCCAACCGACAGAAGCUGCGCUUUCUCUUUGGCCUCUUCGAUCUGGAAGACAAGGAUGCCUUGACGGAGGAGCAGUUCACGGACACCUUGUCGAGCUUGUUCCAGGGCCUGGGCUUCAGCUUCUCCAUGCGCCGGGAGGUUCCCACGCAGCGCCAGGUGACCUUGGCAGCUAAGAAGGUCUUCGCGCGGCUGCUGAGAUUAGCACCGCCUUCUGCGGCGGAAGCAGGGCGCGUGCCGAUGGCUGUGCUCAGCAACUGGUUCGCUGGGAAUACCUUCGAUCCCAUCGCCGUGCCAUUCGCGCUGUUUCUGGAGCGCUUCUCAGUGCCGGAUUACGCGGUGGACCCAGACAUCUACAACGAUGAGAACAAGCAGUUCAGGCUCUCACACGCGCGGCCAGUUGAAAGCCCGCUGGAAUGUAUCACUCAAUUAGAGUCCGGCUUCUUGACUCGAGCAGAAGUCGUGAUGACGCGGGACUUGUUUGAGUAUUGUCGAGGCACUGGGUGCUUCUCGCUGUCCCAUAGCGAUGCGGAGAUGGCCGUGGGGAGGCGCAUUGACGUGCAGGUGUGGUGCGGGAGAUAUGCUAGAGCGCUGGAAGAAGCAGAUGCCGUAAGAGGGACGGGCGUUCGAUUUGACUUCAACACCUUUCUGAAGAAGCUUUGCCCCAAGGCAGGCAUCGCCCAUCUGCGGAUGUACCACAGCUGGCUCAAGGAGUUCGACAGCCUGCAAGCCGAGAAGUCCACGCUGGAGAGGAGUCAGCAGAUGCUUGCGCUUUUGCAGCAGUACAGCUCGCUGCCGGCCAUCACCGAGCGCAUCAAACACGAGUUGAAGUCCAGCUUUGGCUCCAUCGACAGGGCUCACCAGGGCAAAGUCACCACAGCAGAUUUGCAGGCCGCGAUGGAAGUGGCCACCAACACGGCCCAGAGCAUGAUGCAAUACUUUGACAUCAACGGUGAUGGCUCAGUCGACCUGGAGGAGUAUGUCGCUGCAAUGUGUCCUCCUACUCACCGGCUGCCAUCCAAGAUCAAGGACUCGAUCUUUCUCUUGAUCUUGUCUGCAGAGGCCAGCAAGCAGCAGGCGGCAGUGGAUCAGAAAGAACAAGCCUUCGCCAACGGUGACCUGCGGCGGAAGGCAAAGCGUUUCAUCAAGGCCCAGGUCCCGGAGCUCGUUUGGGCCGAGUGGAACGCCACCUUCGACCACCUAGCGGGCGGCGCAGCCGUGGUAAGCCGAACUCGCCUGAAGCAGUCUAGGGUGCUGUGCAUCGAUGUCUGUGACUACGUGUGUGACCUGAUCGCUGGCGAAGCCACAGAGUUCACUCGCCGAGACUUUUUGAACAAGCUGCUAGACGCAACGGAAUUUCGGCAACGCGAGAGCGACUCUCCGAAGGAGUAGCGCAACUGCCGAGCAGGGCCAUCGGCUAUUGUCGGCGGACUUCCCUUCCUGAAUUCCUGGGCUG